ACAAAGACAGGGAAAGAGGUUAAAAAAAAGUAGGCUUCAUAUUUCAGAACCCUAGCUCCUUCCUGCAAGAAACCCUUCUCCUUCUCUUUAAAUCGCCGGAUUCUCGUUCUCCAAACUCACGUACGUCUGUCUCUGCAUCGUCCAUCUGGUGGGCCGUACCCUCGAUCGGUUACAGUUCAAGAAAGCACAAAGGACAAUAUGGCAUCUGAAGAGGAUUCAAUUGAACAAGCUGCUGCUGCUCGCCGUGAGAGGCUGAAAGCACUUAGAGCAGCCAAAGAGCUUCUAAGCACUCCAGAUGAAGAUUCAGUUCCAAGUGAGAAUAAAGCAGAGGAAUUUGAUGAUGCUGAAGAAGAGAAUAAACUGAACAUGAAGUUUAGGAACUAUCUGCCUCAUGAUACGCAUCUUCAGGAGGGUAAGGUAGCUCCACCAGUAUUACCAAAGUUUGAAGAUCCAGUUGCCAGCGCUCCUCCACAGCCUGAAAAAGUUGAGGAUCCAUUUGUAAACAUUGCUCCGAAGAAACCAAACUGGGACCUCCGGAGGGAUGUGCAAAAGAAGCUCGAUAAGCUUGAAAGACGAACUCAGAAGGCACUCUUUCAACUUAUGGGUAAGCACUCGUGUUAAGAGCAAGAAAGGCAAAACCAAACCGUAGCUGAAGAAAAUGGUGAAAUCAUCAGUGCCGAUUAGAGUGGAAAUUACAGAGCAGCUUGGUUUUCACCAAGGUUUCAGUGGCAGAAUCAAUUGAGAGGAUUUCCAAAAGCAUGUAUUGGGGUGAUCAAGGGAGACCGCUUCAAAUUGGAAAACACCAAUCUCUAGAGGUGAAUAGGAAUGUAAAUGCAUGCAUGAAAGAGACCGAUACUCAAUGUGACACUAAAACCAGGUCAGAAUUUGGAUGUUCAAAAUCUUCAAAUGUAAUCUGAUGAAUAAUUAGGAGAAAAGGAGAAAGAGAUGGUGCUUUCCUUUG